AUGGAAGUUCUGGAUACGACCGUUGACCUGGGGACUCUACGGGGGAAAGGGGCCCUCAUCACUGGUGGUGCUUCAGGAAUCGGGUUGGCCACGGCGCGAGCAUGGGCAGCAGCGGGUAUGUACGUUACUAUUGCUGACAUCCAACCUCUAGAAACGGGGCAGAACAUCCUCAAGGGCUUAGCAGGUGGAAAUGUCCACUACGUCUACUGUGAUGUGAGCUCGUGGGAGAGUCAAGUACAAGCCUUCAAAGAAGCAAUUCGAUUCACCCCUUCGAAGGCACUUGACGUUGUGGCUGCCUUUGCAGGCGUCUCCUUUGCUGGUGGAAACCAGGUUGACCACGUUUUGGCCGCCGGUGAUCCUCGUCUAGACGUGGAUCCAUCCCCCCCGGAUAUUCGCAACAUCCAGGUGAACUUGAUCGGCGUCUACUAUACGUCGUGGCUGGGGCUGUAUUACCUGCGCCUUUGCCAGACAAUCGAAGCCGGCAAUCCGUCACCCGACAAGUCACUGAUACUCAUGGGCUCCAUCGGAUCGUACAUGGACAGCCCCAAGGCCUCAACCUAUCCCGCCAGCAAGUUUGGUGUCCGGGGUUUGUUUCGCAGCACUCGGGCUCGCACGCGGGAGCUGGGAGUGCGCUGUAACCUUCUUGCUCCUUGGUUCAUCGACACACCGCUGAUUGCGCCUAUGAAGAAGGCUAUGGCUGCUCGAGGAAUCGAUAUGGCGCAGCGGUUGACGUUUGCGAGCAUCGACGCCUGCGUGGAGGCGGCCAAUGCUUGCGCUGCGAAUCCCCAGUUCCACGUUCUCCUUGCCAUGUACUUUUUUGUUGAGGAUUUGGGGCAAACCCCGUGUCUCCCAGGAAAGGAUUUAGACAGCGUUGUGGCCGGCUGGGGACAGUUGGCUGGCACAUUAGCUACGCGAUACGGGUUUCCGCCGCCCGAUGAGAGCGUGACGACCGAGGAUGUUCAGUUGGAUGGACUGUGGCUGCGUUGCUACACUCCCCCCAACGCGACGGGCCAGGAACCAGUGGGCCUCUACUUUCACGGGGGAGGCUGGGUGAUGGGAGGAGUCAAGGAAGAAGAUGGUUUCUGUCGCGUUAUCAGUCGCCAAUGCCAGAUGCGCCUGGUCAGCGUGGAAUACCGCAAGGCUCCUGAAACUCGCUAUCCUGGCGCGCUGAACGACGGCGUUAGCGCUGCUCUCUGGGCGCUGUCGCGCUAUGAGAACCAGCCACUCAUCAUGAUGGGCACGUCCGCCGGCGGAAAUCUGGCUUUUGGUACAGCGCUUCAACUAAUUGACCAAGACAUGGCGAAUAAAGUCAGCGGGGUGGUGGCGUUGGCACCCAUCACCGUGCACCCGGAUGCAGUACCAGACCAUUUGAAGGAGCUAUACACGGCGUAUGAGGAGAAUGCGGAGUUGACGGUUAACUCGCGGGCUGCCAUGCAGGUAUUUUUCGAUUGUUACAAGGCGCCGGUAGACGACAUCUACACCUCUUGUAUUCUGCACCCGAAGUUGCUUGCCCUACAAAAGGUUUAUAUUGCCGAGUUAGGGUUGGACACACUACGAGAUGAUGCCAGGUUGAUGAAGGGCGCGUUGGACACUGCUAAGGUGCCGAUCAUGUACGAUGCUUAUCCGGGAUAUCCGCAUUGCUCGUUCAUGUUUCCUUUUAAGUCUCUGGGAGAGCACCAGAAGACCUUUGUGGAGGGAGUAGCUAAGGCAGUACGAUGGAUGUCGUAG